CGACACUUGUGGGCUCAUCUAGAGGGAGCGCAAGCGGCGGGUUGGCGUCUUCGUCUCGACUGGCCAUGAGUGAUGCAGCGCCACCGAGUAGUGAUAUCGAUGGAGCAGCCGUGACGAACUCGAACAGCGCCGCCCUUCAUGUGAUCGACCAAUAUGUAGAGGAUGGAAUCCUCACGGCGGCAGCCGCGGCCACCCACAAGGAACGAUACAACAAGUUAUCUUCGUAUGUUUUGGAAACGUACAAGCGCGAGAAGGAAUUGUUGAAGAAGGCGAAGCAGCUGAACGGAGAGCUCUUGUCCGAGAAGAUCCGUCUCGAGAAACAGAGCAUUCGGAAGAGCGAGGAGUUGGCGAUGAACACAAAUCUGGAGAAGGAGAAGGACAAGGCGACCAAGGAACUUGCAGACUGCGUGGAUCGAGAAACCAUUCUCACGUACGAGAUCACCGAGCUCCAGCGGGAGCAUGCCGAGUUGCUCGCACGGAAAGAAGCAAUGUUGCGGGAAAACGCCCGGCAGGUCGAGCCGGAGGUGCGCAAGAUCACAGACGACAUCGCGCACUUGGGCGACGAAGCAACACGGACAGAGAGCGAAAUACACAAGGAAGAGCGGCGAAAGCAGGAGCUCCUCACGCGCUGUGACGUACUGCGCGUGGCCAACGAUGGGCUCGACGUGUCCCGCGCCGCCGAGAAGAAAGUGCUCGUGAAACUCAAGGGGGACCCCGAACGUAUUAGCAAGCAAGCUGAUGUGGUGGCCAAGGCCGUGGAAAACUUGGAGGGUGAGAUCAAGCGCAUCAAAGCCAAAUUGAGUGAAGUCGAUACGGCCUUGGCGACACAGGACGAGAAACGAAAGGAGGCGGACGAGGUGCAGAAAGUCCUCAAUCACAAGCUCGACGUACAUCGGGACACGAUCGACCAGCGCCAGCGGGACGUCGACCACGUAAACAUGCUCCUGGCCGAAGAAAAGCACAGCCACACGGUGCGCCUUGGCGAAAAAGCCAAAUUCGAGAUGGACCAGCGCAACGUCGAGGCGAUGAUUCGUCGAGAAUCCGAGCGUCAGAGUUCGCUGCAAAAAGAGUACGAUCGACUGAAGAAGGUUCUGAAGAAGAAGCAGCUGUCGGCGGACACGGCCAAGGGGCUGCUGCCCAACAUGCAACUCCAAGUGAGCGACGCAGAACAUCAAGUUCGCGCGAUUCAAAGCGAAAACAAGCGGAUGGUGGCGGACCAGGGAGACUUGAAGCAAGACGUGGACGUGUUAAUAGCACGCAUGUUCAAGAUGGACGGCGUUGAAAAAUCCAAAGUCGAAGAGCUCGAGAGGCUGACGGGACGCGUCAAGGAGCUCGAGGACGAGCUGAGCCAGUGGAUGGCCGAAGAAAUCAAGCAGCAGAAGGUGAUUACACUCCUGAGCGCGCAAAGAGAGAUGAAGGCGCGCGCCGCGUCGUCCGCGAUCGACCACGAAAAGGAAAUCCAGCAGGAGCUCAAGAUGAAGGAGCUCGUCAUUCUCGACUUUGCCAAAAAGUGCAACGAGACCAACAACCGGCUAAAGGAGUUUAGUGCGCUGUACGACAUUGUCAAGAACGAGCGCAACAAGUACGUCAACUUGAUCCAGGCGAGCUCGCAGGCGCUGGCCGAGAUGAAAGAAAAAAUCAAGAUCCUGCACAACGAAGUCGAAGUGCUGCGGAACGAGAGCCUUGCCAAGGACAAGGCGCUGACAAAAGAGCGGCUUGCGCACCAGACAGCGCAGUGCAGCCGCGACAGCCUCCGCCUCGAUACAAACAAGUGCCACGAGCUGUACCGCGUCAAGCAGGAGCAAGUCGAGCAGCAGAUCGUCCAGAUCGACAAGCUCAACUCGAUCAUCAACAUGACGGAAAAGGAGAUGCUCCGGCUCAAGAAGAAGUACGAGAUCGCGGUCGAAGCGCGGAAUUCGACGGGCGUUCAACUCAUUGACCGCAACGACGAGCUGUGCAUUUUAUACGAGAAGAGCAACAUCCAGACCAAGACGCUGACGGAAGGCGAGCUCGCGAUUCAAGAAAAGGACCAGCAGAGCCGCAUGCUCAAUAUCAAGCUCCUCGACCUGCAGCGCCAAAUUGAAACGACGCGAAAGAAGGUGCCCCUUGUGCCAGAGUAUGCCAGUCGCGUUCUCGAGUUGCAGAACCAACUCAAGCAGGAGCAAAUCGUGACCGAGAUGAUGUGUCGGGACUUGGAAACUCCCAAGAACGCGGACCGGUGGCGCCCGUUGGAGGGCGACGACCCUGACGAGGACCAGCUAGCCGCCAAGCUCGCAUUCUUGGAAGAGAGGUACAAUGCGAAGAAGGAGCAGUUGCUCGAAAAGGAACUCGUGCUCGAAGAAGUGACGAACUUGUCCGACAAACUGCGGUCCCAGGCGUCCGAGGGCCGCGGGGACACGCUGCAACUCGCGAAGAAGGUCAACACAUUUCAGCUUAAGAUUAAGGAGACGACUCGCAAGAUGAUGGCGACCGUGUCGGAGCUCAGCAUGUUCCAGGCGACGGCAAUGAAACUCCAGCAGGAAAAGCACGACAGACAACUCGAGUACGAAGAGUCGUUGUGGAACUUUGACAACGGCAACGCCCCCAACGUCAAGUGCGAGCAAGAAUGGUACCGCCGCGAAUCCCAUCGACUCGCGUUGGAAAGCCAGCGCAUGGGCAAGCACGGCAACAACAACAACGUCGGACCUGCGUACACAUCCCAGAUCAUACGCACCACGGCCGAGCCACGGCCGAAUGCGUACAUUCCCGACGAACUCGGGAUUCCUAAGCCGUACGGCCAAGCGGCGCCGUUCAAACCCACACUCACUGGCUCGACCAUGCGUCACAUUCGUCCACCCCAACGGCAAGACAUUGAGAUUUAACAAAGACACAAACCCGAUACUCCCCCAGCUCUUGC